CUCCAGCCUGUCUCUCCAUCCCGGUCCAAAGAUCGCUGCUGUGUGUUUGCUCAAGUUAGACAAAGUGUGUGUGUGUGUGUGUGGGGGGGGGUGAAUAUCCUUCUCUUCCUGUAUUAGCUGGAGACGUGUGCUGUGGGUCUCUCUCGACAGUACACCUGCCUCAAGUCUUUACCUGCAUCUCAACUUGUCUGUCAUCCACCCAGAGGGCCCCCCCGAUACGGAGCCCAUCUGCCCGGGACGGAGGUAUUUCCAGACACCGGUGCCCAUCGAGUCUCCGUGUCCCUGUGAGAGGGAGAAACCUGCUACGCCGCCUGGAUUCACUUCACCUGAGAGGACGGGUGUGGACUACAAAAAAAUAGAAACAAAAGGAGGAAGUGUAGGCGUUUUCCCAUAUUUCCGUGCGUGGUUGGGUCUGACCUGCCUGGUGUGAGUGUGUGUGUGUGUGUACACUUCACCUGAAGGGCGUAGAAGGACUCGGGGAACAGCAUUUCUGUUUGAGACCUUCAGAUCUCUACGUGUGGUAUGGGAGCACGGAGCUGAAGAUGGCCUUGAUACCCUCGUACGUCAGCCAGCUGUGUGGGAAAGAGAAAGUACAAGAGGAAGAGAGACACCUCUGGGCCAACGACAGACCUUUCAACCUGUCUUAUCAGUACGCUAAUAAUGCCAUUAAGACCUCCAAAUACAACAUCUUCACCUUCCUGCCCCUCAACCUGUUCGAGCAGUUCCAGAGGCUGGCCAACGCCUACUUCCUGUUCCUCCUCAUCCUGCAGCUCAUCCCAGAAAUCUCCUCUCUCUCCUGGUUCACAACGGUGGUCCCUCUACUUCUCGUACUGUCCAUGACUGCAGUCAAAGAUGCAAGUGAUGAUAUUAACAGACACAAAAGUGACAAGCGGGUGAAUAACCGUAAGGUGGACGUCCUCAUUGAUGGACAACUGAGAAGUGAAAAAUGGAUGAACGUUCAAGUUGGAGACAUCAUCAAGCUGGAGAACAACCAGUUUGUCACGGCUGAUCUUCUGCUGUUGUCCAGUAGUGAACCGCUCAACCUGGUGUACAUAGAAACAGCUGAACUGGAUGGAGAGACCAACCUGAAGGUGAAACAGGCUCUGACUGUAACCGGAGAGAUGGGCGACAGCACUGAGGCACUUGCUCAGUUUAAUGGUGAGGUGCAUUGUGAGCCUCCAAACAACCGUCUGGACAAGUUCAAGGGUAACCUUACUGUGAAUGGUCAAAUGUACGCUCUGGACAAUGACAAGGUGCUGCUAAGAGGAUGUACUCUGAGGAACACCGAGUGGUGCUUCGGUCUCGUCAUCUUUGGAGGUCCCGACACGAAACUCAUGCAGAACUCAGGAAAGACAACUUUCAAACGGACCAGCAUUGAUCAUCUUAUGAAUGUGCUUGUGCUGUGUAUCUUUGGGUUCCUGGGUUGUAUGUGCUCCAUCUUGGCGGUCGGUAACGCCAUCUGGGAAGUGAGGGAAGGUUCAGUGUUCACUGUCUUUCUCCCCCGUCCCUCUGGAGCUAGCGCUUCAUUAUCAGCCUUCCUCACCUUUUGGUCCUAUGUGAUCAUCCUCAACACAGUGGUGCCCAUAUCCCUUUAUGUCAGUGUGGAGAUCAUCCGUCUGGGUAACAGCUUCUACAUAGACUGGGACAGGAAGAUGUACUACCCCAAGAACGACACACCAGCCCAGGCUAGGACCACAACCCUCAACGAGGAGCUGGGGCAGGUCAAGUACAUCUUCAGUGACAAGACCGGCACCCUGACCCAGAACAUCAUGACCUUCAACAAGUGCUCCAUCAACGGGAAGUCGUAUGGAGAGCUGUUUGACUUCUCGGGAGAAAGAGUGGAAAUAACAGAGAAGACCCAGAGAGUGGACUUCUCCUGGAACCAGCUGGCGGACCCAAAGUUUGUAUUUCAUGACCACAUCUUAGUGGAGACGGUGAGAAAAGGCAACCCGGAGGUGCAGGAUUUCUUCCGCUUGCUUGCUUUGUGCCACACCGUUAUGCCUGAGGAGAAGAAAGAAGGAGAGCUCUACUACCAGGCCCAGUCACCUGAUGAAGGGGCUCUGGUAACAGCAGCCAGAAACUUUGGGUUUGUGUUUCGGUCACGAACACCAGAGACCAUCGAGGUGAUGGAAAUGGGUAAACGCAUUACUUAUGAACUCCUGGCCGUUCUGGACUUCAACAACGUACGCAAGAGAAUGUCUGUCAUAGUCCGCAGCCCUGAGGGCAAGUUGACCCUUUACUGCAAAGGAGCUGACACAAUCAUUUACGAGAGACUGCACCCCUCCUGUGGUAAACUAAUGGCAGUUACCACUGGUCACCUCAACGAGUAUGCUGGUGAUGGCCUGCGUACGCUGGCACUGGCCUAUAAGGACUUGGAUGAGAGCUAUAUGAAGGAGUGGACACAGCGACAUCAUGACGCCAGCACUGCCUUGGAAGGACGAGAGGAGAGACUGGAUGAGCUUUAUGAGGAGAUAGAGAAAGACCUGAUGCUGUCGGGAGCCACAGCUGUGGAGGACAAGCUACAGGACGGGGUGCCACAGACCAUAGAGCAGCUAGCUAAAGCUGAUGUUAAGAUCUGGGUGCUAACUGGAGAUAAGCAAGAGACUGCAGAAAAUAUUGGCUAUGCCUGCAACAUGCUGAGAGAGGAGAUGAAAGAGAUUUUCAUAGUUGCUGCCAACACUUCCGAGGGUGUGAAAGAGGAGCUUCGGAAUGCCAGAAUGAAGAUAUGCCCAGAUGCAAGAGAGGAGCCGGUGGUGGUCAAGGAUCGUGCUGGCCUGUUUUGGCGUCUGAAAACAGAGACUGUGGAGGAUGAGAAGGUGGAUGGAGAGUAUGGUCUGGUCAUAAAUGGACACAGUUUGGCCUAUGCCCUGGAAGAGGACUUGCACCUGGAGUUGUUGAGGACAGCGUGUAUGUGUCAAACGGUGAUUUGCUGCAGGGUCACUCCUCUGCAGAAGGCCCAGGUGGUUGAGCUGGUCAAGAAGUAUAAGCAGGCUGUCACUCUGGCCAUCGGCGAUGGCGCCAAUGACGUAAGCAUGAUCAAAGCGGCUCACAUUGGUGUGGGUAUCAGCGGGCAGGAGGGCAUGCAGGCAGUGCUCUCCAGUGACUACUCCUUUGCCCAGUUCCGCUAUCUACAGCGCCUCCUGCUGGUGCAUGGCCGCUGGUCCUACCUCCGCAUGUGCAAGUUUCUGUGCUAUUUCUUCUUCAAGAACUUCACCUUCACCUUUGUUCACUUCUGGUAUGCCUUCUUCUGCGGCUUCUCUGCACAGACUGUGUACGAUGAGUGGUUCAUCACCUUGUACAACCUGGUCUACACAGCGCUCCCCGUCCUUGGAAUGAGUCUCUUUGACCAGGACGUGAACGACCGCUGGAGUUUCCAGUAUCCUCAGCUCUACGCUCCGGGCCAGCUGAACCUCUACUUCAGUAAAAAGGCUUUCGUCCUGUGCAUGCUGCACAGCUGCUACAGCUCACUCAUCCUCUUCUUCAUACCCUGGGCGGCCAUGCAUGACACGGUGCGAGACGAUGGAAGAGACAUCGUGGACUACCAGUCCUUCGCUUUACUGGCCCAGACGUGCCUGCUCGUCACUGUUAACAUACAGCUGUGCCUGGACACUCACUACUGGACGGCAGUGAACCAGUUCUUCGUGUGGGGCAGUCUGUCAGCUUACUUUGCCAUCACGUUCACCAUGUACAGUAACGGCAUGUUUCUCAUCUUCACCUCAUCCUUCCCCUUCAUCGGCACAGCCAGAAACUCUCUGAACCAGCCUAAUGUGUGGCUGACCAUCCUCCUCACAUCCAUCCUUUGUGCUCUUCCUGUGGUGGCGUUCCGCUUCACGCUCAUUCAGAUGUGGCCCACAAUUAAUGACAAGGUGAGGCACAAGGUGCGAAAAGAGGCUGUCCCAGCCCCGGCUCCUCGCCGGCCCCCUGCCAGGCGUAUCAGUACCCGUCGGUCAGGCUAUGCCUUCUCCCACGCCCAGGGUUAUGGUGAUCUGGUGACGUCUGGACGGUUCCUGCUGAAGCGGCCCCUGAAGAGCCGACUGGCCCUCUUCCCCCAGGCGGACUCCCCUUUGGCCCAGAACCAGCCCCAGCUCUACCGCACUAUCACAGAGGGCACCGAGGAGACGCAGAGCCCUUAGCAGCUGAUGGGGUAGCAUUUUGUGGAGGAGGUGUCCAUAGUCAGCACCAGGACUUAAGCAAUUAGGGACGUUGCUGAAGAAAACUCAGCAACGUCCAAAACGUGAUGGAAGAAGAAAGUUGUAUUUUAAAAAUACCCGAACAGAGCCCUAAACCGGUCAGGACGUGUUUGGUUCCUGGAUGGCGUCCCGGUCGACUCGUGAAAUGGAAUCCACUUUUGAUUCAAGGUUUUUGUACUGGAUGGAUGUUUGUGUGUUGAAAUGUUGAUCUCAGCAACAUGUAUGUUAUGAGUGUAAUGUCAGCGUUACACGUCUGAGCACUGUGACGGGUUUGAUUCUCCUCAUGCACACCUGAUUUUCAGUUUGUUCUCUUUUUUUGUGUUGAAGGAAUUUUUCAUUUUUCUGAAGGAAUGUUUCUCAGCCAUGAGCUGAUGUGAUGAAGCUAUGCAGUACUGCCAAAACCACAAGAUAUCCUGUAUGUCUGCUAACGUUGCUCAUGCCCACGUGAAGCAUCAGCGCUCAGGUGUCAUGUUGAAACAGGGAUCUUGUUGUUAGCUGAGGUCUGUGACAGACUCACUCUAUUGUUGUUUUGCAUAAUUGUUUUUCAUAAAUUAAUAUAAACGUUGC